UUGCAAGAUUUUAUUUACAUCUAAUAGGCUAAUAACUACUACUAAACGUUAAAGUUCGAUUAGACCGACAUUUGCCAUUUAAGCUACACAUCAUAUAUAGUGGCUAACCUUUUUAGCUUAAUUAAGGAAUCGAAAUUUGCUCAUUUUUCAGACCUCAUAAAAAAUAUCAUGUCACAAAAUAUUUGUCUAUAAUUCCAAUCAUUAAGCUUUAACAAAUUAGUAAAUCCGUUACAUUGACCUAAAAAAUUUUUAGUAUAAGUGUUAGAUGAUUCACUAUAUGGUUCAAAAAGCUUUUACUUCAAUCGAAUAUAUAUAAGACUUCCACAGAUUAGUAUCAUUUGGUUUCACUAAUCUACCAUGAUAUUGAUAGACGAGUUAAAGUUCUCGUGUGUGGAAUGUAUACGGGGUCAUAGAUCUUCCCUGUGCCGGCAUCAUGCUCGACCUUUGUUACAAGUUAGAUCUAAAGGUAGACCCAAUGUUCAUGCCAAUGGCAAUCCAAAUCAUAGAAUUGCAGUAUUUGCUGAGGAAAUUGCUACUGAAAAUGAUAAUAAUGGUACUUCAAAAUCACCUACUCCUGCAGAUUCAAAUGAUAGUAUAAAAUGUAAAAAGAGUCCUGUCAUAAUCCUUAAAGCUUCUCCUAAACAAGUUAUUGAUUUAAUAAGUGGUCAGAUCAUCGGUCCUUAUGAUGAAAACUUCUCCAAACCAAAGCCAAAUCAACGGCCUCCACCUCCCAUAAUCAGUAGUGAUAGUUUUAUAAAUACUUCAACUUGCUGUAGUGGAGGUUCAAAUGGAAUAUCAAAACAAUCAAGUUGUGGAUGUUGCAAUAACAAGUCCCGGAAAAAUGUAAAUAAAUCAAAAAUAUUAAAGAAUUAUAUUCAACAACGGUUAAAGAAUCAAGAUAUAAGUAAUAAUGUCAAUUUGAAUUCUAGACAAGUCAAUAUAAAGUUCAUUAAUGAAUUCAAAUCAGAACAAGAUCAAAUCAUACACACAGAUGUUAAACAAGAUGCACAACAACAACAACAACAACUUUUCGAUGUCGUACCAAUACCGUCAUGUUCAAUCCCAGGUUCUUGUUGUUGUGAUGAUAAUUGUUCUUGUGAAGGCUGCGUAGUUCAUGGAAAUGUAACCAUAGGUGAAUCAAAUAAAUUCCUCACAAAUGAUUUCGAUUAUUUAAAUGACAUGAAUAACUUCAACCGUAUGUCGGAUACAAACAUAAUACUAAGUUCAAUAUCUAAUGCAGUGGUAAAUUUCACUGAACAACAACAACUACAACAGCAACAAAAGCCACAACAAGUGCAACUAAAACAUCAACCAGCUGAAAAUGACUUAUCUGAAAAUGGAAGCUCGUUUAAUUUUCCUCAAAACGUAUCAUUAUCAGCACCACAGGCAUAUAAAUCACAAGCAGGUCUGGAUAGUAAUGGAUCGAUUGAAAGUGAAUCUCCGGCGUCAAUGUCUUGUUCUUGUCCACCAGAAUCAUGUGAUUGUACGAAUUGUGAAACUCACGGAAUCAUCAAUGGUUACAAGUUGGACGAAUUCUUUAGUUCAAAUAUUAUGGAUCAAAAAUUACUUUCAAUUAUAUCCGAUUUUCCUGAUCAAAACUUCAACGAUUUUAAUCCUGGAAAUGAUAUUAAUAUCAAAGUCGAAGAUAACAAUGAGCUUUUUAAAUUGAGUAAUAUUCCAAAUCACAACCUCGUACCUAAAUCUACAAUUGAAGCUGGUUUAGAUGCUUCCAAAGAAAGCUGUUGCUCAAGUAGGCCUGAAGUAAAACAAGAAGAUAAUGGUAAUAUUGAGAAAAGUUGUUGCUCUGAUUGAAAAUAACUUAAGGCUGGUUCAUCAUAUUGAUUAAAGAAUUUUUCAAAUUUCUCGCACUAUGAAUGAUAAAUGAUAAAUGAUAAAUGACUGUUAGUAAAAUAAUAUAUAUCCAUCUAUUUAAAAGCAUUACAAGGAAUGACGGAGUACAACAUUAUCGCAAUUGGCAUUGAGUUGGAGUCAAUAUAAAACUAUGACAUGAACUAUUUGCUUUGAUUACAACAGCUAUUGCUUGCCCAGAUUUGGAAAUAUGGGGACAGUAAACUUUAUUUGAACUGUAAAAAAUAAAAUUACUAUUCGAACUGAAAGGGACUUAAACUUACUCAGCGUAAGUUGAGAAUAUGAGUAGUUGACUCUGGAUCAUCUGCGGUAUAGUCAAUAAACUAUGGAGUACUCAUUGGGUAGUCAUUUAAAUCGAUACCAUAAAAGCUUAUACCCUAAAAAUUUAAAUUGGAUGAGAGAAGUUUGUAAGGGUUGCAUAGGUCUCUUAUUUAUAUGAA